CAUUUUGAUGGCAGAUUGUGAUUGUCGUUGACGCGCAGCUGUUCCGCAAAAAAGUGCAGUGUCGGAGUGUUUUGAAAUAAAAUAGUUGGUUACUUUGUUAUACAUAUUGUGAAAGAAUGCUUUUUCAAUGAUUAUUUUUAGAAGAAAGUGCUGUUGUUAAAGUGCUAUUUCGACAAUUGUGAUUAUUGUUUUCCUAAGAGACCCAUUAUGGAUUUCAAAACAGCCGUUUUCAACGCUGCACGGGAUGGAAGUUUAACACGAUUGAGGGUUUACCUGCACAGUUGGCAAUCAGCGAGCGAGCUAAAUAUGCUCGUUGGCGCCAAGGUUGGCGGCGCCACGCCUCUCGUCAUCGCCUGCAGGAACGGACACUACGACGUCGCAGAGUACCUCAUAGAGAGAUGUAAAGCGGACAUAGAGCAGCCCGGUUCAGUGACAUUUGAUGGCGAGACGAUAGAGGGCGCGCCACCGCUGUGGUGUGCGGCAGCGGCCGGCCACAUGCCGCUGGUGCGAUUGCUGGUGCGCGCCGGGGCCAAUGUCAAUUCCACAACGCGCACACACAGCACGCCCCUACGAGCAGCAUGUUUUGAUGGUCAUUAUGACAUCGUCAAGUUCCUAGUGGAGAAUGGUGCUGACAUAGAAAUAGCGAAUCGCCACGGCCACACGUGUCUGAUGAUCGCCUGCUACAAGGGACACAUCAGGAUCGCCAAGUAUUUACUCUCUCUGAACGCGGACGUGAACAGAAAGAGUGUGAAAGGAAAUACUGCGCUGCACGACUGCGCGGAGAGCGGCUCGUUGCAUAUACUCAAGAUGCUGCUGGGUCACGGCGCUACAAUGGACGUUGAUUCUUACGGUAUGACACCCCUGCUUGCCGCGUCAGUGACAGGUCACACACAUAUAGUGGAGCACCUGAUCAGCGCGGAGCAGGGUCUGGUCAGCCGGCAGCAGAGGAUAGAUGCCCUUGAGUUGCUCGGAGCUACCUAUGUGGAUAAGAAACGUGACAUGGUCGGAGCACUGGCGUUGUGGAAACGAGCUAUGGAUGAUAGAUUCCCAGCGGACGGUAGCGAUCCGAUACCAAAGCCGAAGGACAUACCCCGCAUAGAGGCGUACGACUACGCGGUGGAGCCCAGCGACGCUCAGCAGCUCGAGGAGAUCCUCGCAGACCCCGACGCCAUGAGGAUGCAAGCUUUAGUCAUUAGAGAACGAAUAUUAGGUCCGGCGCACCCCGACACAUCGUACUACGUGCGGUACAGGGGCGCGGUGUACGCGGACGCGGGACGUUUCGCUCGCUGCCGUCAGCUGUGGCACCACGCGCUCGACAUGCAGCGCGCAGUGCUGCCGCCGCUCUCACCUCUCACACAGUCCAGUCUCUACAGCUUCGCAGAGCUCUUCUCCUACAUGCUCGCAGAGCGCGCGAGACCGCCGCUACGAGGUCGUAUAGUACCGCCGGUGCUGUUCGAGGACAUAGAGCCGGUGUUCAAGAAGACGUUGAGUGAGAUCGAGCGCGGCAGUGCCCUGCUUCAGUCGCGGCUCAGCCUCGACCGCGAGCAGACGCUCGGCACGUUGCAGCGCGUCCUCGUCAUCUCGCUGCAUCUCGCCGCUCUCUGCGCGCGGCUGCUCGACCACAACGACUGCUCGGAGCAAGAUAGGAGGAACAUUGAAAAGGCUGUCUACUCACUUGUUAAGUUAGAUAUUAAGGUACGUCAAGGUCGUUCCGCGCUGCACAUAGCGUGCUCGGCGGAGGGCGCCCGGUCACGUGGCGGCUCCGGCGCCUGGCUCCCGGCGCCCGGCGACGCCCAGCCCUGCUGCGGCGCCCUCGUCGCCCUCAUGCUGCGACUGGGCGCCGCGCCGGACGCACGCGACGCUGACGGCAAUACGCCCCUGCAUUUAGCCUGCAAGCUCAACCCAUGUCCAAAGGGCGUAGUUCGUGCACUCCUAGCGCACGGAGCGCACAUUGACACAGUCAACUACGAAGGAGAGACGCCCGAAGAGAUCCUCAAAGCGAGUCAACAAAGUCUCUCCUCUAUAGUCAAUCCCUUACAGUACACAUCUCUGAAGUGUCUCGCUGCACGCACAGUCAAGAACUACAGGCUGCCCUACAGACAUGUCGUCCCACAAUGCCUUCACUCCACCAUCAUAACGCAUUGAAAUUAUAAACUUAAGAACCUUGCCAUUUAAAAAUAAACUCCUUAGUCUAUGGUUUUUGUUUAUUCCCACAUUUGACAACCUUCAAAUUAAACACAGCUUUUAAUGAUUAAAUAUUUUCAAUGUUGCAACUCCAGUCCUCUACAUUUUGGCAUUCAAUUCCUAAGGGUCUGUUUACAGUUUAAAGCGGAGAGU